AUUUUUUUACUUGAAAUUUUUUUGGUUUAUUUGAUGGCAUAAACAUACUUUGCAAUUUUGUUUUGCUUUUAUCAUGCUGAAGAAUUGGACUGACAUUAAAAUAUUUUACUAGGCACUGUUUUUUUAAAUUGAACAUGGUCGUUGGUGGCUAGUUUUUAUAUUUGCUAUUUGUAGACGAUGAAUGACACCAUUUCAGAACUUCACCGAGAAAUUCGGCAACUUUCAGUUGCUAUGUUUACAGGCAUAGGCGUUACGCAACGCGAUGCUGUUAUGACUGAAGCGACGACACCCCGUUCGCUUGCUGAAGCAGGUAGUUGUCAAGAAAGUACCACUUUACAGGACAAGGAGAGUUUUCGAGAGUCAGUUACUCAGCUAGCAACGGACAUCACGAAUAAGACUCAACAAAUUUUACAGACGUUGGAACAAGUAGAGUGUUUAGAAGAGGAAGCCAAACUCCUGGAAGACUCAUUAUUGACUCAAGAACGAGACAGGGAAGCAACAAAGCGUAUGACAGAAGAAUGGGAGUAUACUUUUCAACUUUAUGAAGUUUUAAAGAGUUUAGAAAAGUUUUCCACAGAAGGACACUGAAAAUUCUCUUUUUUUUAAUAUUUGUGUUUUGUUAGAUGUUGGGAUGGGGGACAUGGCCAUGGUCAUCGUUGUAUAAAACCAACAACUUGAAGUGUCGUUAUUUAUUUUCGUUU